CCCAGUUGGAAUCGGCAGCUGAAGUCAGGCAGGGCGCCCCAGCCGGCUCCAGGGAAAGGGGGGGGGGCAAGUCCACGAUGCUGAGAGGGGUGGCCAGAGCGCCGCCCCCAGGAGGGGAGGGAGGGGUGGCGGGGUUGAGGGGUGCCCAGCUGCCAUCCCCGCCGCCUCCUGGCCCCCACUCGCUGGCGCCCAAGUGGGAGGAAGGCAGCUGCCCGCUCCCUCCUCCCCACAUCCCCGCUACCUGCCCAGUCCCCCGAAGCGAAGCGUGAGGAGGCUGUGAGCCAGUGGGGCCGAGCCCACAACUUUGCAGCCUCGGGGAGGGCGAGAGCCGGCGUCCAGGGCUCCUCUUGUCCGCGACCGGAGCUCGGAAUGUAAUCGAGGAUGCUGGCCCUGAGGCUGCUCAACGUGGUGGCCCCCGCCUACUUCCUGUGCAUCUCCCUGGUGACCUUCGCGCUGCAGCUCUUCCUUUUCCUGCCCAGCAUGCGCCAGGACCCCGCCACCGCCAGGCUCUUCCCUCCCGCGCUGCUCCACGGGGCUCUCUUCCUGUUCCUCUCCACCAAUGCCCUGGGCAAUUACGUCCUGGUCAUCCAGAACUCCCCCGACGACCUGGACGCCUGCCCGGGGCCCUCGGCCAGGAGGGCCCUGUGCCCCCCGCCCAGCACCCACUUCUGCCGAGUGUGCGCCAGAGUCACCCUGAGGCACGACCAUCACUGUUUCUUCACGGGCAACUGCAUCGGCGGCAGGAACAUGCGCAACUUCGUCCUGUUCUGCCUCUACACCUCCCUUGCCUGCCUCUACUCCAUGGUGGCUGGCGUGGCCUACAUCUCCGCGGCCCUUUCCACCUCCUUCGCCCACCCCCUGGCCUUCCUCACUCUCCUUCCCACCUCCAUCAGCCAGUUCUUCUCUGGAGCUGUCCUCGGUUCUGAAAUGUUCGUCAUCCUCAUGCUCUACCUCUGGUUUGCCAUCGGCCUGGCCUGCGCAGGCUUCUGCUGCCAUCAGCUGCUGUUGAUCCUCCGGGGGCAGACCCGUCACCAGGUGCGGAAGGGGGUGGCGGUGAGGGCCCGGCCCUGGCGCAAGAACUUACAGGAGGUCUUCGGGAAGAGGUGGCUGCUGGGCCUGCUGGUGCCCAUGUUCAAUGUCGGAGGUGAGAGCUCCAAGCAGCGUGACAAGUAGCAGGCAUUCCCAUCAUUUCUCUGUGUGUGUCUUGACUCUCCCCGAACAUAAGACCAUGACACUCUUGUCUCCACCCAUGACCCAAUACAACCUUGAGCUGGCAAGAUCCUAACACCCACCCCUGGUCUGUGACCUACAGAGAACUGUGUUGCCUAACGGAUCGUGGCAAGAAGGAAAAAUGGUCACUCCUAGGAGCCAGCCAACUGUUAGGAGGCCUCUGCUUUUGUUUCUUCCCCUUGGAGCCCCUGCCCUCCCGCUCUGCCUUGUUCAUCCACUCUCUCAUGUCUCAUGUCAUCACUGCUAUCAGAUAGAACUUUCCCUCUCAGAUUCAUGUUGGGAGUGGAGAAUGGAUUCUUGCUGUUGGUAUGAUUCUCCCCAGGACCCAGAGGCUGGCAAAAAUGUUUAAAAUUACCAUGUGUAAGAGGUAGCCAAGUUGGCUCUGCCAACUGUUUGUGAGGUUGGGAAAGGAGGGGUGUGUUAUCCUCUCUGUGGAAUUGUAAGCAGUGGAAGGGAAACUCAGUAGCUUACUGUCCUAUCCCCAAACUGCAAGGCCCUUUCUCUGGGAGGCAGCAGCUAAUGACCAGGGAUUUCCAGGUGCUGUCCCCUGUCCAGCCUGCCCCAGCUGGCCACCCCAAUCCAGUCUGGGACCUGCCUGGAUGCUUCCUUUCCCUGGCACUCUUCCAGGUUUUCCCACCUUCAUCUCCAGCCUCUGGGUCUUUGCUAGGUGCUGGGGAGGCAAGGAAGAAGGAAGAAGGAAAGGAGAAAUACUGACAAAUGAGAGAAGCAUGUGACUGCAUAACCAUACAGAAGGGGGUGUGUAUGUGUGUGCAUGGGGUGGGGGAGAGAUGGUGAGGACGUUUGUUGUGAAAUAGAGAAUGCUUAGGGGAGUGGAGGAGAGAGGUCACACACAGGUUGGGCACUGGGAUAUUUGGGGAAUGAGAAUGAGGGGACCAAGUGGGUUCAUUUCUGAAGGAUGUUCUAGCAGCUAAACUGUUCAGUGUUUGAACGGCUGCCUGGGGAAGUAGAGUGCCCCAUGGAGGUGUUCCAGCAGGGACUGGUCAGUCAUCUGGCAGGCAUGCCAUGGAAAAAAUUUCUGCACAGGGUCAGGAGAGGGAAGAUCCUUUCCCACCCCCAAGAUUCUAGCAUCCUCUUUGUGAUUGCUGGUCCAGAGGCAAGAACUAUAGAGAUGCCUGUGAAUUAUUUGCUUUCAUGAAGCGGGAAGCUGGCAUGUAGGGGUCUGAAAAUCAUAAUGCAAACUUCCAGGACCCUACCCAGCUACCAAGGAGGGAAUCUCUGGAGAGACAGGAUGACCUGGGUAUUAAUGCUAGUUGAGGGAGGUUGGCAUUGAGGAAAGGGAGACGGAGCAGUGUCGGGGCAGGUGGGGGCAGUGUUGAGGGAGCUGGAAGGUCAUGCUGUGCUCUGAGAGGUGAGAUGGGGAGAGUUGAAGCUCAGGAAUGGGGGAGACCAGAAUAUAGAGGUGUAGUUGUGAAACCAGUCCUGCAUAUCUAAUUGGCUCUGGAUGGGGCUACAGCUGUGUGUUCUGGGACCCAGAGGGUCAAAUCUCUGGGACAUAUUUGGAAGUUUGGACGGCACAAGUGCCCCUUCUGACUGAAUCCCAAGGCCAGUCUGCCAUUCAUGCAGACAGCAGGGCUGAAGCCCACACCCUACAGUGUCCACAGCGACCUCACGCGUUGCCACACAACACCCUGAGCUCUUGAGCAGAGUUCAGGAGGACUUUCCUUGGUCCUGCCUUCAUGCCCUCUAUAGGGCUAAUAUAGAAAUGGCACCCCUGGCUCACACUCCCUUCUGUAUUCAUUCAUUCAUUCAUUCAUUCAUUCGUACA